AUGGCUUUGACGUUUUCUUAUACGUCGAAUGUCUUUGGAGAGUAUAGAGAUGUAGCCCUGGGAACGCACAGUCCCACCGAAGUUGUCAGCAUAAACAACAGAACGGAGUACGUUGAGGCGUAUAUACAUCAUGUACUGUCUGCCGCACCGGCUUCACAGUUCGCUGCGUUCAAACGAGGCUUUUUCCGUUGUCUUGACAGCAACACUCUAUCGUUGCUGCUGCCACAGGAGCUCCAGCUGCUGCUACUAGGAUCGCAGCAGGAAAUUAGCCUUGCAGUCCUGCAAAAAGCGACGCGGUAUCAAGACGGCUACUCAGAAGACUCCCUGGCUAUUCGCAGGCUCUGGGCAAUCCUUAGCAACUUCACCGACAAACAAAAAAGACAAUUUCUCAUGUUUGUUACAGGGUCAGACCGCCUGCCUGUUGGGGGAGCUCAGGCCCUGCGCCUCACAAUUGGCCGUCACGGCUUCGACACGGAUCGGUAG